AGAUAAGUAAUUAAUAAAUAUUCUUUUGCAUCUCUCAUCGUCCCUACAAGCUGAAGCAGCUAACUAGGUAGCCACAAACCAGCCUCUACUCUCUAACUGUUUCUAAUCAUGGCAGCGGCGGCGACGUCUCUUCUCGGAAUCCUUCCGUCGUUACUGCCGUCUCGAACUCCAAGUCUCCUCCGCCGCACCGGGUUCUCAACCAACAUUUCUCGUCAAAGCCGCCGUUUCUUUUCCAUCCCGGAACCGUCUCCAGUUGCUGUUCAUGCUCAAGCUAAGCGAACCUUUUCACUUAAAGAAGAAGAAGCAGCUACACGUGAUGAUCUUUAUUUCGAGUCACCGCUUAAAAUUGUGGAGUAUCCGGACCCGAAAUUGAGGAGAAAAAACAAGAGAAUUAUUACAUUUGAUGAUAAUUUAAAGAAGCUUGCUGAUGAAAUGUUUGAUAUUAUGUACAAAACCGAUGGGAUUGGACUAUCAGCACCUCAAGUGGGAAUCAAUGUUCAACUAAUGGUGUUUAAUUCAGCUGGCGAGCGCGGUGAAGGAGAGGAGAUUGUUCUUGUUAAUCCAAGGUUAAACAAAUAUUCAAAGAAAAUAGUUCCCUUUGAUGAAGGAUGUCUCUCUUUUCCUCGGAUCUAUGCUGAUGUUAAGAGACCAGAAUCCGUAAAGAUUGAUGCAAGGGACGUUAAUGGUACCAGGUUUAGUGUCAGCCUGUCAGGUCUUUCUGCAAGGGUUUUCCAACAUGAAUAUGACCAUUUAGAGGGAAUUCUAUUUGUUGACAGAAUGACUGAUGAAGUUCUUUCCAGUAUUCAUGAACAGCUACAGGCCUUGGAAAAGAAAUACGAGGAGAAGACUGGACUGCCAAGUCCUGAAAGAGUUGAAGUACGCAAAACAAGGAAGGCUGCUGCUGGUUUUGGAAAAUCAUGAUUGUCUGCGUUUUCAUAUGCAUCAGUUUGAAAGCAGUUAACUGGGGGAACAGGUGCGCCUCUCAGAUCUCCGUAUGUGUUCCGGCAGAAUGGUUGGCUGUCUUCAGCCGAUUCAAGCUCUAAUGUAUCAGAAGAGACGCAUAUGCAUUGUAAGUCUGUCACUACAAGCUAGGUGCAGAGGACUUCUUGUGUAAGAGACUAAGAGUCUUCUAUAUUUACAUAGGUUAUGCCGGAUAUAGUCACAGCUUAAGAUUCAUUUUGGCACUUGCCGCUAUCACAGUAGAAUUGAUCAAUCAUUAUUGGGGUUUCAACUCCAGAGAUUUGAUCUUUUUAAGAAUGUAACUCAUUGUACAGAGUGUGAGCCACCCUAAAGUUUCUAAACCAGAAGGCUAAUUAGAUA